UUAGGAGUGAAAUUAUAACAGAGACCACAUCCUAUUUCAAUAUUUGUACGGAGCUCUGACGGAUGUUGGCUCUGUUUCCUUGCUCUAUGGCUAUACAUGUACUACGGAUGUACGCACUGCAACACUAACAAAUUAUCUACUUCCGUGAAUGGAAUUGGCUGGUCAUAUUCUGAACAUGAAGGAAAUGGCUUUGAACUUGGAAAUAUGCACGUCUGUUAUUGCAAACAUGGAGAGAGGUAACUCAGGACUAAGUCAAUUAUCACCCUAUUGUAUUAUGUCUGGUAAAAUCUUACAAAGUGAUCGGAUCCCACUAUCCACGGUUUCUUUAAGGGCCGGGUAACUCGAACAGUUUCCGGUGACUUUCGUAUAAAGGUUGGGUCACAAAUAAUACAAAUAUUGGUUCGAAUUAAAGGAAAAAAGUAAAGGAGAAAACGGGGCCAGCACGCACACCCUUUCAGAGAAAUAAUGGAAGAGAAAUAUCGACUUCGCAACCUGACGUACUGCCCCAAAAUUUCGACUAGACAUAAUCAAACACAAACAAACUUCAGGGGCAACUCGUGGGCGAACGUAAGCAAAUACUAAGGGUACAAUGUUCUCUGUGUUGAUUUCAGUCACGAACUGUAUAAAAAUAGAAAUCACUGACGGCAUCCGAAAACAAAUUGUGUGAGAGGCCCUUUAGAAUAAAGACGUGAUCAAUUCUAUAUACCUUUUCAUACUGAAUGACGAACUAUACUACUUGGUAUUGAGGUGUAAAUGUGUUCCUAGUUCCAUGAUACGAUAAGCCAAUGAAGAUAUGUACAAUCGGGUAAACUGAGCUGUCAAACUUGGUUACUCGAUACCCGCUCAUAGGGGUCCCUGUGAUUGGUCGGUGCUUGACAAUCACUACACAUAUCAAAUAAAUAGUUAUCGAUAUACACGCAGAAGGGAACCAGACGAUUUGUCAUAAAUGCUGGUGUGUAAGUGUGCCGGGUGAACAGAGCGCUGUGGCAAGCCCUCACACCAGCUGGACCACCGACCGCAAACCUUGCCUGAUUGCCCUGGCCCAGGCCAGCUACUCGCCCCUAAACACACUGAGUCCACCGAGUGAGUCAGGUAAGGUGAAUAUCAUGGCUGGUUCGUUAACGACCAGUCUUUAUUCCAGGCUUUUGGUCGCUGCUUCGGUGGCAUGCUUAGCCUGUUGCUAUAACAGUUUGGUGAGCGGCGCCACCGUUCCAUCAAAUGCAGCGACAUCGGUGGGACAGCAAGGGAGGGCCGGUGACCCUUCACCGCACACCAGUGCAGAUAGUCAUAGAUCCCAUCGUGAAGUCUUCCAUCACACAAAGGGGUCUUCGUUGUCACAAAUGGCAAUAGAAAAUAACUUUCAUCGUACGCAACAUUUCACAAAAACCAAAGAUGAAGAAAUGAGUGAUAACUACCAAAGAAUACACAUGGACGGACCAAGUCCGAGAGAGCAUCAUGUUCUCUUAGAUGACUCGCUGAUGAUACCAGGGGAGGAGGAGCAGCAAAGCCGGUCAAGGGUUGAGCGAGCUGCGGAUGCUGGACUCCCAAUCGCCGGGUCGAAAUUCCUUGAGAAAACUGUAGCCAGUUUCAACAAUGUAGAGGGAUCCGGCUCUGACCUGCCAGCCCAAGAUAUGAACGUCCAAAAGGGUUUCAUGGACGAAACUCUAUCAGAGACACGGCCAGGGGUGGACAGCGGUGAUUGUCCCGAGUGUCUGCGCAGGAAACAGGAGAUGGAGAAUCUUCCCCCGGAGAAGCUGCGUCAGAUGCGUCUUGAGCAGAUUAAGAUGAGGAUUUUGAGCAAACUCAAAAUGGAGCAAGCCCCAAAUGUCAGUGCAAGUAGUGUGGACAUACCAGAGCCCCUUGCUCGGGGACGGAUGGUAGGGAACCAAAACGAUGUCUCAUGGACGACCGACCAACAUGACCAAGAAGAAUCCUAUUUGGAAGAUGACAGGUGGGAGGAGGAAGAACUCAAUGACAUUGAGGAGAAUUAUCAAGACACAAGUCAAGUUAUCGUCACAGCCCAUGAAGGGCUUAAUGGUUGUUUCACCUUCGAAAUUACCGCCAGCGUUGAGGAGAACAUCAUGUCAGCCAAGAUGUGGUUCCUCCUUAAAGACAGUGCUGAGGAAGUUGACCAAAACCGGACGUUGGUGGUGUCCCACAUCGGCACCGGUCGCCACGCUCGCCGAUCAGUGCUCCACACUACAACUGUGGUGUAUCGGGCCGACUGGGUGACAAUAGACGUCACGCGCGCUAUACGUCACAUGGUGGUACACGCCAAGAGAACAUACAUGUUCGAAGUCAGAUGCAUAACAUGUCGUAACCCUGGAAACCCCACCAACAUGAAACCAGGGCGGCGACCCUUCCUUGUCCUGGGGAAAGGUGAACAGCGCCCUCGCAUGCCUCGGUCCAUCAUCUGCCCACCAAACCACACGACAUGCUGCAAGGAAAUAUUCUAUGUCUCGUUUGCAGAACUCAAAUGGGACUGGAUCAUUGAACCAAAGGGUUAUUCUGCCAACUACUGCAGGGGAUCAUGCGAAGACAACGUAGCACAGGGAUACGGCCACACUUAUAUCAUGACUACAGUGAAGAACAUGAAUGUGGACAGAGGGUUGUCUAUAAUCCCUUGCUGUGCCCCGCUCAAGACCAAGCCCCUUGUUCUUCUUUAUUACGAUAAUGAAGGAUUCAUCUAUAAGAAACAGCUACAAAACAUGAUCACAGAUAGCUGUGCUUGUAUGUAAAGAAGACUUGAUGAGCUUCCGUUAUUUAUUGAAGACGUUGUGUCAUACAUCGUCGUGAGUUUAGAGGUAAAACCGAAUAAUGCCACGCCAGGAAAGUCGGUCAAGUGUACAGCUUGAGUGAAGGUUGAUUUAACACCACUGGUUCUGGACUCUUGGUUUGAAAUGAAUCAUGUAAAAUGAGUAACAGAAAUUUAUUUAUUCAAGUCUCACGUGUCAACUUGUGGGAUCAUGAAGAUGGUUAGAGCUUACUGACUGGACACUGUAUGUUAAUACAAGCAUCACAUUUUAUAAAUCCACUUUGCGGCCUUUUCACGUGGCCUGCAGCUUUAAAAACCGAAUUAAAUAUUUGGAAAUGCCAGUUCGUGCAGCGUAUUCAGACACCAAUCACGUGGUAUCUAGUUCUCUCUGCGCAUGACCGUAUUCGAGUUCUCCAAUGUAGCCUAUGUCUUCGACCACUAUAAUGUAUAGGUAUAACAUUGGCGUUGCUUCGGUCAAAGACUGAAAGGGAAAACCCAAGAGUAGCUUUAUAAGUCUUGGGUAGUCAGAGAAAGUUCGUAGUCCCUCUCGGUGGAAAGUAAAGGGGAUAAUAACAAGCUUUCAAGAGCUUGUCGAGAAUCUCUAAUCAAAAGUUUCGAAAAUGGAGAACUUGUUUUGCUCUCUAUUGUUGGAAGACGCUUUAGGAACCAAAAAAACAAGAAGGUUGUGUACAUUUUUACCUUGACUUUCCAAUAUAUAAAGUACAUAUUGUAAAUAACUAUUUCUGCAAAAUUAUCUCCUAAUAUGGGAGACGUUUUUGUUUGUUUGUGUGAUAAAAUUAUCGACUUUAUUUAAAUUAAAGCCUGCUUGUGCGACAAGUUUAUUUCUUGGAAAUAUAAUUGUAAUAAAUGCAUUAGACUUCUGGUGAAGAGGCCAGUUUAUAACUUGCGAUUGUGCGAUGCAUUCGUCAAGAAAUGAGGAGAGUGUUAUACCAGCUUGCUCAUUACCAUGGAAUGUGCCUCAACAAAAGUCAGAAUCGUGUUUGACACCCAAAGUGAAUUUGGAAGGGCUGCGCUUUGUUUACAAUACUUUUGGCGAUGUUAUAUUGCAGAUGGGCUCUAUCUCCAGUUUUUUCAUCCACUUUAUUGUUAUGACUUUAUUACUUAUUUAAAUUUCUAUUACAUUUUUUUGGGGAAAAAUAGUGCAAUUUCUUUAAAAGAUAUUGACGUAAUUUGCGGAAUAUUGAAGAUAAUUUAAUUUGUAAGUGAUAUCCUUUUUGCGGUAUAUUAUUUGAAUGUGCACGAUGUGCGUAUGAUAACAUUAACAUUAUCUUUUGUAAGGUUCGCUUCAGUGUUUAAGGUUCGCUUCAGUGUUCAGUGACAAUAAGCAUAAGGCCCCUUGUAAAGGUCCUGGGUUUUUUUUUUUGGUUUAAAAAAAAAAAAAAAAACCCUGGCUGUUUCGAUGAAACAAUUUGCAUUGUUGUAGUGUACAUUGGUGGGAUUGCAUUCAUUAGUAUCCAAAGUUAAGAACUUGUGCUUGAUUAAUGAACGAUUAUGCAACGCCAUAUCUGAGACCGGCAGCUUUUGUGUUACACCUUUAAUGCUUUUCCUUCCUUUCAAUGUAUUUUAGACGUGUAAAAUGUUACAACUUGCGUCAAUCGCUAAAAUAUUAAAGAAAACAUGAUUUUCUAAAAAAAAAGUCGCUAACAAUUAAGUAACAACGCAAAUUGUAUGCAUUGAGGAGUUUUGAUAUAUGCACAAAGGAGUUUUGAUAAGAGGCAAUUCUUUUGGGGGACGGUUAAAAAAUGAAUGCACAUGAACACUUUUUGUUUUGCUUAAGAACAACAAUGUCAGUGUAAGAUAAAUUUUAAUUUUAAUGCGCAUCUAUGCAAGCAUUUGUAAAUUGUUAAUACUAUACAAUUAUUCAUUUCAUAUUAAAGUUUUAAUUUUAAAGCCGAAUCGUUUACAAACUAAUAAAGACAUCUUUUUGAUUUAUAGGCUCAUCCCUCUAGUUCUGUUGUACACGUACAAGCUGGGUUCUUUGUCUCCCACAAGAGCCCUCCCCGUAUGUUGUAUGUUGUGCCUUAUAAAAUAAGUAUCACUAAGAGAACAAUACAAAAGUUACUGUUAUCUUGAACAUGCCCAGAUAUUACAAUAUAUAAUCUUUUUGAUGCACUAUGCAAAAAAAGUUAUGUUAACACCGUACGGCAUAUUUUCUAAACCGUAUAUAUUAUUGAGUUGUUUAAUAUGGAAUUAUAUUAAAUCUAUAUUUUGACGUACAUUAUUGGAGUCAAUGAA